AUGACGAAAAAAGAGAUUUUAUUACUACAAAACAAAUCAGCCGGAGAAUUAAGCCAAGAUGAAAUCCGUAAGCAAAGAGAAAUAUUUAAAAGUAAGAAAAGGGAAAAAAAAUUAAUCCAAGGAGAAGAUCCCGAUCAUCCCAUCGAAUUAUCCUUCAUCAAACGACCUAUCUUAUAUUUACCACAUCAUGGUCAUAGUAAUAGGAAGGGAUUUAAAUUCUCUUUGAUGACUUAUAAUUGUCUUGCUCAAGCGAUGAUUAGAAGGGAAGUCUUUAGUGAUAGUGGUCCUGCGUUGAAGUGGUUUAGAAGAUCAAAAGUGUUGAUGAACGAGAUCACUUAUUAUAAUCCAGAUAUAUUAUGUCUACAAGAAAUUGAUGAUUUCCAAUAUGAAAAUUUUUGGAAAGAUCAGUUAGAAUCGAAUUUGAAUAUGAAUACUUUCUAUUACAAGCAAAAGAUUAAACACCAUGGUGUUUUAAUUGCAUGGAAAAAAUCAAUUUUCAAACAAGUGGAUCAUAUGGUUGUAGAUUUCGAUGAUGUAAAGACUUCAAAUAUUGCCAGGAGAACGAUUACAAGAAACAUUGCAAUGUAUGUUGCUUUGAAAUUCAACGAUGAAUUUAUUACGAAAAAUUUUCCUAAUUUAUUACAUUCGUUUGAUCAAAAUGAUAUUGGUUUCAUCAUUUCAACUACUCAUUUAUUUUGGCAUCCCUUUGGAACAUUUGAAAGAACAAGGCAAUGUUAUAUAUUAUUGGAAAAAAUGAAAAAAUUUAUUGAUAUAUUGAAUGUUAAAGAUCAUUUGAAAACACAUUGGUAUCCUUUCAUUUGUGGUGAUUUCAAUUCAACUCCAAGAGAUGCGCCUUAUUUAUCAAUGACUUCAAAACCCAUCGAAUAUACAGGGAGAGAGAAAAAAGUUAUUGAAUGUAGCACCGCCUAUAAAUUUUCCAAGAGGCGUAAUGGAGAAAUAGGGGAUAGUGAUGAAGAGGAAGAGAAAAAAUUGAUAAAUCAGCCAAAAGAUAUGGUACCUGAUUCUUUUACCCCAACUAUAGAACAGGCAAAAUUAGUACACCAACUGCAAUCAUUACACAAUCAACUUGCUUUAAGGGCAACCUCUCUCUAUGGUCUUGCUUAUAAAAUUGUAGACCCAAGCAAUGUAAACAUUAAUAAUGAUCGUGGUGAGCCUGAGUUUACAAGUUGGGCAAAAAGCUGGCAUGGUGUAUUGGAUUAUAUUAUGUAUGUUGAUAAUUGGGAUAUCAAUGAACCACCAUCAGAAAUUGGUGAAUCAUUGGAAGAAUUCGAAAAAAAUAAUCAAUUACUCAUUAAAGGUUUAUUAAAGAUGCCUCUAAAUAAAGACAUGCCAUUUCAUACUCAACCUUUCGAAAGAGAAUAUCCAAGUGAUCAUAUAUCUAUUCUUUGUGAAAUGGAGAUAUUAGAUAGUCGUUUACAAUAA